AUGCAGUUUGAAGAGCGGUUACAACAGUUAAUAGAAAGUGAUUGGAGCAUGGAUCAGUCAAGCCCAGACGUACUCGUGAUAGUCCUUGGAGACGCAGCCAGGAAGUACGUAGAAUUGGGAACGCUGCGAGAGCACGUGACCGCAAAAACCGUUGCAGGUCACGUGGCAAGUCGCGAGCGGGUAGCUGUAGUAUUUUUGGGCCGGGUAAAAUAUCUAUACAUGUAUCUCACCCGGAUGCAAGCGCAGGCGAAUGGUCCGCAAUACUCUAAAGUACUCAUCUAUGGAUUGUGGGAUCUCACCGCGACACAAGAAGGACCGCAACAGCUGCGGCUACUUAGCCUUGUGUUACGCCAGUGCCUGAGCUUGCCAUCUAAUGUUGAGUUCUAUCCAGAACCGCCGUCUAGUAGCGUGGCUGCCCGACUAUUGCGAUUCUGGGAACACGUUAUCAGGUAG